CGGAGAGAUGAGGGGCGGGAUGGGCCGGCCCCUAGCCUGGCGGCCCGGGAAGAUCUGAGGUGCCCGCGGCGAGGCGAUAGUGUCGUGCCACCUCGCACGCGAGGUGGAGGGAAGGAGAGAAACCAGGAAAUAAAGAGGAAAAGGGAGCGAUGCAGAUCUCGAGAAGAACCACGGGACCUUCUUAGGCUUGGCUGGGCCGCGGAGCCACUUAUAGACCAGGCCUCUGCCCGGCUCCGGACACACAGCUUCUCCAGGCAGCUUUGCUUCAGAACAGGGAUUGCUUCUUGAGGGUGGAGACCUAAGAAGGUUCUUAAGUUUCACAGCCCUGUACACCCAAAAGCUCACCUGGACAGUGUCACUUGGUGGUGGAGGAGGACUGUGAGACGGUGGCUGGGAGUCCGGUUGUAGCCACUUGCCUGCCACUGCCCAGCCGAGUGGCAGCCCAGACCCCCGGAGCAGCAGGUGGCUGCAGGUCACAGACACAGAGAGGAUAUGAGUGUGGCGGUGAGCACCUCCACCCCCCUUCCCCCAGCCUCAGACACCAACGUGGUCGUAUCCGCCUUCUCCCUGGUGGACUAUGUGGUCUUUGUCCUGCUGCUGGUUCUCUCCCUUGCCAUUGGGCUCUACCAUGCCUAUCGUGGCUGGGGCCGACGUACCAUCGGCCAGCUGCUGUUGGCAGACCGCAAAAUGGGCUGCCUUCCUGUGGCGCUGUCUUUGCUGGCCACCUUCCAGUCAGCCGUGGCCAUCCUGGGCGUGCCGUCCGAGAUCUACCGAUUUGGGACCCAGUACUGGUUCCUGGGCUGCUCCUAUCUCCUGGGGCUGCUGAUCCCAGCACAUGUCUUCAUCCCAAUCUUCUACCGCCUGCAUCUCACUAGUGCCUAUGAGUACCUGGAGCUCCGGUUCAAUAAAGCUGUACGGGUUUGUGGGACCGUGACCUUCAUCUUUCAGAUGGUGAUCUACAUGGGGGUUGUCCUCUAUGCACCAUCAUUGGCCCUCAAUGCAGUGACCGGCUUUGAUCUCUGGCUGUCAGUGCUGACCCUAGGCAUUGUCUGUACUGUCUACACUGCUCUGGGUGGACUGAAGGCAGUCAUCUGGACAGAUGUGUUCCAGACACUGGUCAUGUUCCUAGGGCAGCUGGCAGUUAUCAUUGUAGGGUCGGCCAAGGUGGGCGGCUUCGGGCACGUGUGGGAUGUGGCUUCCCAGCAUGGCCUUAUCUCUGGAAUCGAGCUGGAUCCGGACCCUUUUGUGCGGCACACUUUCUGGACGUUGGCCUUCGGGGGUGUCUUCAUGAUGCUCUCCUUGUAUGGAGUGAACCAGGCUCAGGUGCAGCGCUACCUCAGUUCCCGCACGGAGAAGGCUGCAGUGCUCUCCUGCUACGCCGUCUUCCCUUGCCAGCAGGUGGUCCUCUGCAUGGGCUGCCUCAUUGGUCUGGUCAUGUUCGCCUACUACCAGGAGUACCCCAUGAGCACCCAGCAGACUCAGGCCGCCCCUGACCAGUUCGUCCUGUACUUUGUGAUGGAUCUCCUGAGAGGCCUGCCAGGCCUGCCUGGGCUCUUCGUGGCCUGCCUCUUCAGUGGCUCCCUCAGCACCAUAUCCUCUGCUUUUAAUUCACUGGCAACUGUUACGAUGGAAGACUUGAUUCGACCCUGGUUCCCUCAUUUCUCUGAAGUCCGGGCCACCAUGCUUUCCAGAAUCAUCGCCUUUGGCUAUGGGCUGCUUUGUCUGGGCAUGGCCUAUAUUUCCUCCCAGAUGGGACCUGUGCUGCAGGCGGCAAUCAGCAUCUUUGGUAUGGUUGGGGGGCCGCUGCUCGGACUCUUCUGCCUUGGGAUGUUCUUUCCUUGUGCCAAUCCUCCUGGUGCCAUCGUGGGCCUGUUGGCUGGGCUGGUCAUGGCCUUCUGGAUCGGCAUUGGGAGCAUAGUGACCAGCAUGGGCUCCGGCAGAGCGCCCUCUCCCUCUAAUGGGUCCAGCUUUUCCCUGCCCGGCAAUCUGACUGCCAUGUCCAUGGCUACACUGAUGCCCUCGACUACCCUCUCCAAGCCCACAGGGCUACAGCGGCUCUAUUCCCUGUCGUAUUUAUGGUACAGCGCUCACAACUCCACCACAGUCAUUGUGGUGGGCCUGGCUGUCAGCCUGCUCAGUGGGGGAAUGCGGGGCCGGAGCCUGAACCCUCGGACCAUUUACCCAGUGUUGCCGAAACUCAUUGCCCUCCUGCCUGUGUCCUGUCAGAAGCGACUUCACUGCAAAACCCACAGCCAGGACCUCUCCGUGGACACUGCUGUGUUUCCGGAGAAGAUGAGCAAUGGGAUGCUGAGGGGCAGCAAUGACAAGGAGGCCUUGGCCAUGCCUGAGGCAGGCCCAGCCCACCAGGGCAUCAGCCCCACCUUCAUCCUCCAGGAGACCUCACUGUGAUCUGGACUUGAGACCCAGCCCAGAGGCCACCCUGUGGUACAGGGAUGAUCUGCAGGGGCGAUCAAGGACUGGAUGACCUUGCCCAUACCAAAGGACCUUGCUCUUGGGAGUUUGUGCUGCAGUAGAAGCUGUCAUGUCACAGGAGGUGUGAGAGUAGGACAGGGUUCUUCCUGUUCCUUGCCAUUCUGUUCUCUAGAGAACCAGGCUUGCAGGGGGCAGGAUUUUGCCAGAAAUGGGGAUAGAGGUAAAUCCUCUGGCAAAAGGAUAAUGGCUUCUGAUUCCAUGUCGUCAAGCUCCUUUGAAGUGAGUGGGGAUAGCAGUGCUGGGCCCACUUUGGCAAGACUGACCAUCUCCCUGUAAAACUCAGAGCUGCCUUGGCCAGCUAUCGCUUCCCUUGCAGUCCCAUUGGAGCACACAUUCUGUCAGCCACAAAGGGCCCCUGGAACACUACUUUCAGGUUGUCUGUGAUACCCAGGCCCCUCUCAUUCUUAUCUGUCUACCUCCGUUCUUGAGAGGGAGGUUUUGGUGUCCCCAAGAGACCUCUCGGAACACACAGGUACAUUCAUCUCCUUCGCGUAGAGUAGGGAAGCUUUCCACCUCGCUGCCCCACCCUCCACCCCUGUAAUGGGCACCUGGGGACGGAGCAGAUGUUAAUCUAAGAAACCAGGGCAUGACCAGGUCCACUGUGGAAUGUGCCAUCUGUCUGAACUCCUGAGCCACGCACCCUAGUGUCAUUUGGUCAUUCAUGCUCCCGUUUCCUUUUGGAGUUUCUUUCCCACAUAUCUUUGUUCCUAGAGAAUAAAAACUACUGUUGGGCUAGAAUCUGGGCUCCUGUACUGUCUGCACCUGCUCUCAUCCAUGCUAGUCCUAUCCCUGGCGAAGAUAAAGAGCCCCUUCUCCCAUGCACAGGUCUUCCUCUGCUGAGGAGAGAGGGGCACAGGGGACCAGUGAUAGCUUGGUGAGGUUUCUGGUCUCUGUGGCUGGUGUAUCUGCAGCAGGGGAACGUUGUGCUUAUGGGGUGGAAGACGCACACUUUUCCUCUGCUGCUUCUCUUCCCCUGUGGCUCAUUCUAUUCCCUGUCCUGCCCACCUUGUCCUCGACCAGAACAAUCUGCUGCUCUGAGAUUUUUCACUUUGGGGGCAGGAAGAAGAAUGCUGCUAUUUGGCUUUUAAAAAUAGAACACUCGAGGUAGACUUUUAC